AUGGCUGGUUCUCAGGGGCUGUUGACAUUCAAGGAUGUGGCUAUAGAAUUCUCUCCAGAAGAGUGGGAAUGCCUGGACUACUCUCAGCGAAUAUUGUACAGGACUGUGAUGUUAGAGAACCACAGAAACAUGGUUUUUCUGGGACUUGCUGUCUCUAAGCCAGACCUCAUCACAUGUCUGGAGCAAAGGAAAGAGCCCUGGGAUGUGAAGAGACACAGCACGCUAGCCCAAAUGCCAGGUAGGUGGGAGUGA